AUGGCGGAUCGCGGCGGCGGCCCUAGCGGCGUGGAGCUGAGGGUGGACAGCGAUCGAAUCGGCAAGGCCGUGGACGCGCUGCUGCGAUGGGUCGCGGGCGCCAAGGAUCAGCAGCGCAUUCGUCUCCUGGACGAGGAUCAGCUCCUCUAUCUGGUAAUCUCUCUCCGGAAGAUCCCCGAGAGCGCCCGGGUGCGCCCUCACAGGAUUCCAAUCCCACACCCGCUGAUAGAGGCGGGCGGGAGCCAGGAGGUUUGCCUCAUCGUCAACGACCUAAGCCGCGGGAUGCCGCGCAAGGAGGCCAAGAGGAAGAUCGCGGAGGAGGGUCUCAGGGUUUCCAAGGUGCUGGGCUUCUCCAAGAUGAAGAAGGACUUCGCGAGCCACGAAUCCAAGCGCAAGCUCUGUGGCUCGUAUGAUCUCUUCCUGGUGGACAGGAGGAUCCAGCCCUUCCUCUCCAAGGCCCUCGGCAAGGCGUUCUACCAGAAGAAGAAGAUCCCCAUUCCAGUGGACCUCUCCAAGGGGCAGUGGAAGAGCCAGUUUGAGAGCGUUUGCAGCUCCACCUUCUUGUUCCUCUCGACUGGAUCGUGCAGCGUUGUCAAGGUGGCCAGGAUCUCACAGACGAGGGAGGAGAUUGUGGAGAACUUGAUGGCGGUGAUCGACGGGGUGGCGGGGUUGAUGCCCAAGAAAUGGGACAGUAUCAUGGCGCUCCACUUGAAGACGAUGGACUCGCUUGCCCUGCCAAUCUAUCAGUCCAAGCCGAGCUUCCCGCUCAAGAUCGACGUGAAUUUCGGGAAGAAGACAAGGCCAUCGGGCGUUGGAAAGCUCGAUCCUUUGGUGGUGAAGAAGAAGAUUGAGAGUCCUCCGAGAACCUCUCCUCCGGUGACGAUGGAGAAGAAGACGGCGGGCUCUUGGAAGAGCUCGUCCAAGAAAAAGAAGAAGCUCAAGGAGCAAUCGGGCAGCCAGGGGCUUCAAUCCCCGACUUCCUCUCGCUUUGGAGCGCUAUCGGUCUUCCAGAACAAAGCGCUUCGACCGGAGAACAGUGUGACUACCCCGCCUGAACUGAUACACCUCAACACCGUCGUGUCUGAUGCUGAGGCUGCGCUGGAAUUACCCUCAUAUGCCUGUGUGCCGCCAAGACCAUCGUCGUGCAAAGCAGCUACACCCACGGCAUUCCCAGUUCGGCAGACCAUGCUCGUUUUGAGCAUCCGAUGUGGUUGGACCUUCCGUAGUCACAACAGCAUGCUUGUCCUCCAUUUUCGACAUGUUGCAAUCGUUGUGUACAUGCCUGUUCGACCCGGAGCAACGAAGAUUUGA